AUGCCCGUCUCCAUUCUCCCGCCCAGCGCGCCCCUCCCACCCCGGCGCGAUGCAAAGGACGAGUCUGAUUCAGAUGUCGACAUGGAAGAUGACGAGGACCUCGCUAUCUCGUCUUCAAAAGCCAUUGUCACGCCCGGCGAGCACAUCACGUCCGACCCGCAAUGGAUGCGCGGCCACGGCACAUACAUUCCCUCUGUCCCCGCUGGCUCGACAACCAUAAUAUCCACCGUCGCCGGAACGCUGCACAAAACAAACAAGCUGCUGUCCGUCCAGGCGCUGCGCGCGCGGUACCAGCCGGAGAUUGGCGAUCUGGUCGUAGGCCGGAUCAUGACGGUUGGAACAAAAAAGUGGAACGUGGAUAUCGCAGCGCCCAUGCUCGCCAACCUCCCGCUGUCCAGUAUCAAUCUCCCCGGUGGCGUGCUCCGAAGGCGCACAACAGUCGACGAACUCAACAUUCGGACCUUCUUCCAGGAAGGCGACUUGCUCGUCGCUGAAGUGCAGAGUCUCCACCAGGACGGCACUGCCUCGCUGCACACGCGCUCGCUCAAGUACGGAAAACUGCGCAACGGCCUGUUUACCAGUCUGACUGGCGCCGGCGGCGGUAUCCUCAGUCGCAAGGGCGGUGUUGUGCGCAGUCGCCGCCAGGUCUUUACGCUCAACACGGCCGCGGGCGAAAUCGACAUCGUGCUCGGCGUAAAUGGGUACAUCUUCAUCAGCAAGCACAUUGCCACCAGCGCAGAUCCAAAGGAAGUCGGCAUCAACCGGCUGGACGAGAGCGUGACCGAGACGCUGUACUCGAGUCAAAACGACGAUAUUGACCCGGGUGUUAUGCGCGAAAUCACCAGAGUCAGUACCCUGAUCCGCGGCCUGGUGGCGUGCGGCUCCAAGGUCGACGAGGACAUGAUUGUAAAGGUGUACGAAGGCGCGGUUGAUCUCGAGGCCGAGGAAAAGACGCUCGGCGGUGUCGACAGAGGCAUUGGCGCAAAGGGCGUUGUCGAGGCUGUGCUGGCUAGGCUCGAGGUGGAAGCUGGCGGCUGAACAAAUGGCGAGGCGCAGAAACAAUAAUUCAAGAUAAUCGACAUUAAACACACCGAAAAUGAAGAGGCCAUGCAACACAGCAUGCUCGUCCUGCCCGACCGAAAAAAAAUCUAACUCGGGGGACUCAAAUCCAAAUAUGCCGGAGUCGCAUGUGUGUGCGUCUUCGGCACGAGCUGUUGCCAUCACCACAGACAGACAGGCACAGACAAAAGUGCACACGAAAU